AUGAUACAUGAAACAUCUAACACAACUGAAAAGCCGUGGAAAAACCUUCUAAUGGUCCGAAAGUACAGACCCCAGUUAAUUUUAUCUACUCUGAUUCCAUCCUUCCAGCAGCUUACGGGAAUUAACGUGGUUGUGUUCUACGCUCCGGUGCUUUUCCAAACGCUAGGCUUUGAGAGCAAUGCUUCCCUUAUUUCUGCUGUCAACGUGUGUACAACUUUUAUUUCAGUCUAUUGUACAGAGAGGUACGGUAGGAGGGUACUGCUCCUCUGUGGUGGCAUCCUAAUGUGUUUAUUCCAGGCAGCAGUGGCAAUUCUUAUUGGGUGGAAAUUCGGAACAACAGGGGUCACAACAAUUUUGUCUCAGUCGUAUGCAAUACUUGUGGUUCUUUGCAUCUGUGUAUUCGUGGCUGCUUUUGCAUUUUCAUGGGGUCCACUGGGAUGGUUGGUUCCGAGUGAGAUUUCUCCACUUGAAGUUCGAUCUGCAGCUCAGUGCGUUACCAUCUCCAUGAACAUGUUUUUCACGUUUGGAGUGGCUCAGAUUUUCUUGAAGAUGCUCUGUUGGAUGAAGUUCGGUCUGUUCAUCUUCUUCGCGGCCUUUGUGUUUAUAAUGACUUGGUUUGUCUACUUCUACGUGCCCGAAACCAAGAAUCUACCCAUUGAAGAGAUGUCCCAAGUCUGGAGAGGGCAUAGGUACUGGAAAAGGUACGUUGAUGAUGAUGCAGCUGCAAAUUUGAAGCCACGAGGGAAGCCCGAAGAGGAGAUAGUCUAGAGUACUAUAGGAUUAGCCACAUAGUUUUAGUAUAGCUUUUUCAUCUCUCUGUUUUUUGAAUGUUUUUGGAAUUUUUGGUAACGAUUGACUUUGUUAUUUUUUCAUACUGCUACUGUCUUUUUCUUUCUAUUCAAUAUAUUCUUG